AUGAAGGUUCCUGGACCGGCACACAAGCAGCAUACAGCUCCAGUGGUCCGAACUCGAAAGAGGAAGCAGCAUCGCACUGAGAGCGAUGAAUUCAGUAAGAGCCUCGGCGCGGAUGACGUAGACAAGCUAUUUUUCGUCCCGUACCAGCUGCCGGGAACCGCACGUCGAGAUGUUGAGCUUGUCGAUGCCGCGAGGCGGUCUUAUGUCGCACGUCGAUCGCAUAGGAAUGGAGGGAACACUGUGUUCUUGGCAGAGGUGGCGACAAAUACAUCAUCAGUCAAAGACAAGCCAUACGAAGCGACCAUCUCGGCAGCGACUGCACCAAACACUGUGCAGUUGCCUUCACCUGUGUCGAAGCUGUCGCCUACUGACCCAUUCUCGGUUUUCAAUUACAGCAUCGACCUCGAAGCCGGCAGAGCCAUCAGAUAUUUCCAAACGAACUGGGCCGAAUCUGCGUUCCAGUCUGCCACGAGCCAUCUGCACAGGUCUGACAAUCAUGCAACAACGUCUGUGGUUGUUCAGCAGGUGAUGUCAGACAACAUGUGCGCUCAUGCGUUUCUUGCUGCUGUUAAUCGGCGCAUGUUUGUCAUGCAUGAUGCAAGCGUUCUAGCAGAGCGGCAUGCAAAUCUUGCGAUGGCUCAGCUCAAGAAGGAGAUCGGUCGGACUGAUGCCAUAGUUGUCAAUCAGCACAUCGCGGUAGUGAUGCUUUUUCUGUCUGCAUACGAGACCUACUGCUUUAAUCUAGAGGGAGCUAGGAUUCAUCUUGCUGCCAUGGAGAAGGUUUACGGUCACCAUGGGUUGAAGGGAUAUUUGCAGCGACUAUGCUGCAACAUCGACCUCUUCAGUGCUGCCUCAUUAGUUGCUCCACCGAUCUUCAAGCAGACGUCGCAGUCGCUUUGUGCAUGGCCCAACCUUGACAAGUCGGCGGCAAGCCAUUUCGAUGAUUACACCGACGUACUUGGCCGCAAGCUCUGCACGGUGAUCGACGAUAUUGUGGCACUAGCGAAUAACGUUGACAGAUUUCGCCACGAAGCUCUCCCUACAGGACUGAAGCAGACAGCCUCUCACAUGAUUGCUCGAAGCGAGGAACUGACUUUUCGAGUCCUGGAACUAAUGCCAUGUGGGAAUAAGCUCAUGGAGUGUACAGUCAUAGCUCUGCUGAUGUGGCUGUCCUACCUCCCCACCAGCCUGAUGUCCUACAGCCCAGGAUUUGUUCCCUCGGACAGUUUCCUCAAGCUUGUGCCAGGUCGUGGCACGCGCCUAGGCCUUGCGCUGCGUCAGUGUAAGCUCGCAACGACGCUCGAGCUCUGGAUCUUGGCCGUUGGCAUCAUUUGCUCCGUUGAUUCGGACGACGUGCAGUAUUGUGCAAUCAACUUCAUACAACUGGCGAAGUCACUUGGGAUCGUGUCGGUCCGUGAGUCCUUGUGGCAAUUCCUGUGGUUUGAUACCUUCGACUUGAUCGACUCCGACGUUCUGGACCGGUUGCUAGACUCAGAAACAGCAACUACGGCGCUUCAGACGAUUGUUGGUUGGGCAUCCAUGACCAGGACACGGCAGCUUCCUAUGGGUGAUGAGAAAUCGAUCUCUGUGAGGCUCACGAACAGGCCUAGCAAUUGCUUCCGGUUGGGUGCAUGA